GCAGGCGGGUGCAGAGGGCCUCGAACAGACGAAAAAUAAAGUGAAACAGGUUUCGAACGAUUCUCCGCAAAUUUCGAACGAUUCUGCGGUCGCUGAUUAAGGAAAUCGAAUCGCUGGAUUGUCCCACGAUAUCAGGACUAAUAGAGAAUGCAACUAAAUGAACUGACUCGAAGAUCACUGGCUGAGGAAUCGAAUAUUGCGAAUCAAUGAAGCAAGCACCGAUUUUUCUACUUAAGCUUGCCUCCACCAUGAGAGAGUCUUUAACAAAUUGCGUUGAGAGGAUCUGAAUCCGUAGAAUAAGCGCAGUUGGUUUCUGCAAUGGAUAUAGUCCUGUGCUGUAGGAGAAAUUUCCUUUUAAUACGAAGUAAUAUUUAUUGAUAGAUACAUAUUUAUUUAUUUAAAAGUUUUGUUCAUAUUUGUGAGUCAUUUUUUCUGUAAGAACUUGGCAUUGAUGAUAGUAUUCGAAUAACCGCUUAAAGUACGCUAUAAUUGCUCACGACUACAAUGCCAGUUACGUUGUGCGUCGGAAAUCGUGGAAAUGAGUCCACUGUCCCUCCUUUAAAUGUGCAGGAUAGUGCAGUGAUCGUUUGCAAGGCAAAUCAGGAUCUUAAAAAUGUCGAAAACAUAAUUCCCUUAGUCAACACCGGUAACCAAGAGGAUACCGCCAGGCCCGAUGGUGUGCAGCAUCGGUGCAAAAGUCUGGCGAAAGCUAGCGCGAUCACACAUUUUCCCUCUGGCCAUAGUAUGAUGUAUGGUUUGAGUAAGAACAAGAAAGGUUUUGGGAAUAAUAGCACCACUACUACCAGCACCCAUCGUAAGAAGCAAAGCCACCAAGAAGUUAUGCGAAAGUUGAAAGAUUUACAUUUUAACUUAGUACCGAGCGGCUUGGAUAGGUCGGACGAUUUAAUAGGAACCGUCGUUACUGAUGGUGUAGGCAACAUGGCUAUACCCUUUCCGACGCCAGAACAAAAAAAGGAUUUCAGCACUCAAAUGAGCAGUUGUUGCAACGGAAUAGCGAGUAAGAGCGUGAUAUGCGAGGACAAGGAGACCCUCGCCAAACAGAAAAUUCCGCAGGAAGUUAAAUGCGGCCGCAACCGAGAAGAGGAAACCAACAGUUCGUUGAAGCACGCUGACCACCUCGAGACGAAUCGGAAAUCCGUCGAAGGAAUCAACGAUAAGCCAGCGAGCUAUGCAAACGGAGCGAAGGAACCGCUUUUGAGAGCGGCUGAAGCGGGCGGAGUAACGGAUGGAUUUACCAGAGAAAGAACUGAUCCAGGCUUCACACAUCCCGUUCAUAACUUCAUCGAGAGCUUAUCACAACGCUCCGCAAGCGGUACCAGCGGUACAGCGACCGUAAAUGAUCGGAUAACAUCAUCUGAUGGGCAUACUACUACGGCAGCAUUCACGGCAUCAGACUCCCAACCUCAUUCAUCGCAUGGAACACGAGGAAACCAUCACAAAACUCAUCAUCAUGGCAAGGGGGGAGGAUCAGCAAAAUCCACCAACCAUAGCAGUAACGGUUCGGCAUGUGAACCGAUAUUGCAUUCGGUAUCAGGUGCCAGGAAAGCUAAUGAAACCGAAAUGGCACCAUCGGGCAAAAUGCACCCAUCGGCGUCCCAUGGGACAGGCCAACAGAAGGAGACACAUCGAUCCGAACAUUUCAAGAGUGUUAAGAACAUUCCAACCAGUGCUUCUCAAAAUAUUCGUCCAAACCCACAGCAGCAUCAAUCAUAUCUGCACCACUUGAGUGGCCAUCACAAGCAUCAACCUUUGCUUCAGGAACCGCAUCAUACAUUACUGCAGACGAAUGGAACACACCAAUAUUCAUUGGAUUUUCUAUGUGAUGUCGGUAUGAAAAUGUCUCUUGCUGGUGGUGGAAAUGUGUCGGCCUCGGUUGCCUCCAUGUUACGCGGGCAAUCUCAUCAGGCGAACUACAAUUUCAGCCAACAAUUCCAGCAACCUCUGAUGCAGCAGCAUCAACUACCACCUCAGCAUCAUUCCGUCGAACAGAGUCCAAAUCGAACGCAAUCUCACCAGCAAAUGAUGCAGCAACAGCACCAGCUGCAACAUUUGCAACAACAGCAUCACUCACAGCAGCAGCAGCAGCAGUCACACCAUCCUCAGCAACAGUUGCAUUACCAUCAUCGAGUACAACAUGCUAGUUACAGAGGAGAAAAUAUAGUUCCUCCGCAUACUACAAUUGGGCUCACCGAUCAUGGAACAUAUGGUAGCCAUGCAGCGAUUAGUAAUGGAGAUUUACAAAUCUUAAAUAGCUGUAGCGGUAGCAAUAACGACGCCGGCAGUAAUGUAAAAGAAUUCGACACCGCUUCCUAUGCGUAUGUGCAACAUGAAAACGAUCAGCAUCACCACCAUUACCAGAAUCAUCACCAGAAUCAUCUUCAUCAGCAGCAACAGUUGCACAACUACCAUCAGAAUAAUAACUAUCAGCACUACAACCGUAACAACAACGGGCGGAGCAUACAUAUGAACUAUUAUAUGC